AUGGCUGAGCCCGUUGGUAUCACCGGCACUGCUGCAGGACUCGUCUCGCUGGGACUGCAGCUCUAUGGCGAGAUUUCGAAAUACCUCAGCGCCGUCAAGGGCAGGCAGAAAGACCUCGAACGCGCAAGGGGACAUCACCAAAACUUGCAGAUGUGCUUAGGCGCCAUCGCCAACGCAACGUCUUCAUCAAGGGGAAACAAUGCACAGGCAUACGCCGCCGUAAACGCCUGCAUUCUGUCCUGCAAGAGCGAGUUAAGGGCACUGGAGGCGCUGGUCGCUCGAUUGCAGGGACCUUCGACUCCGGCUGGUUGCAUGCUAUCAACCAAGCUCAGAGAAAAGGGGAGGCAGUACACCUUCCCGUUCCAUCGGGAGAGCAUUCUCAAGCUCAAGAGGAGGUUAGAGUCUACAAACGUGGUUUUGCAGACGGCGUUACAAACUCUUGGCCUGUGGCAAUGCGUUCUCAGGCAUCAGGUCAGAUCUUGA